GAGAGUGGAGCCGAAGGUCUCUCCGAGCCCGACGACGAGAGUAGGGUGAGAUCUCCGAUCCCUAGAGAGAGAGAGAGAGAGAGAGAGAGAGAGAGAGAGAUUGGUGUCGAGGAUUCCUUUGAUUCUGACGACGAGAGAAGAGCCUUUGGAGCUCUCUUGAUGGGUGAAGCCUGGCAGAUGCAUCUUUGUUUUUAUUUGAUCUCCCACCUAACUGCAUUUGCAAGGUCUACCUUAUUGUCAAACGACAUUUAAUUAACUCAUUGAAGGCUGCAAUGGGGGAGGUCGAAUUGCAGAGGGUACUGAAGCCCACAUCAAGCGACUGUCGGAGUUUGGGCAGCAACAACUAUCCAUCUGUCCGUUUCCCAAAAGUCUCUAUUGGCAUCGCAGUUGAAAAAUGUCCAAAGACAUUCUCUGGAACAGGAGUGUUGCUAAAUGUGGCCAUGCCAACUACCUCAGGAAGAGACCUCUCUCAGGGAAAAACUCCAGAAGAAAAUAGGAUACUUGGGACGAUUAAAGACACAGAAGAAAUAUCCACAAAACCUAAAGAACAGAACACUUCGCCAUGGUUCUCAACAAGAUCUAUCCACUAUGAAACAUCAGGGGCAGAGACAGUUCAGGUUGUCGGGAACCAGGCUUCAGUAGUGCAGUUAGGGGAUGGUGUGUACAAGAAAUUAGAUACCUUUUCUUUCAGGAAGAGAAGGGAAGCAGAUGGAAACAUUGAACAAGCUGAAAAGGUUACAUUUAAUACAGUACAGGAAAUGCGCAUUCGGGAAGGAGAUAAAAGCAGAGAACAUCCUAUAGUAAGGACUGACCACAAAAACAAAGCCCUCAAAAUGAAGCUGUGGGAGAUACUUGGUGCUGGUUCACAAAACAAGCAAACUGGUAACUUACCUGAUCUUGAGGAAACAAGAACAUUAUAUGACAAUUGUCAAAGAGAAGUGUCACCAAAAGUUGUUCCACCAGAUGAGCAGAACGAUGGGAAAUUAGCUGAUCUUGAGGACACAAGAACAUUGAACGAGAAUAAUAUAUCAAAAGGUAAAUUACCAAACUCAGAUCCAAUUGAGACUGAUUCCAGUCUAAAUCAAGUCAAAAUGAGACCUGUUACUCAUUCCCAGACGCGCAAUAAAGUUCCACCUGCAAAAGUACUCAAGCUGCAGCACAAGACUCCAGGUGGAAAAAAGCCAUUACCUUCUUUCAGCUCAGACUCUAAGAAGAAACAAGAACAGAAGAACAUUUUUGCCUUUGAUGAUGGAGGAGGGAAACUUAGCAACGUGGGACGAACUGCUAGUGGCACUUCAAACAGUUCUAAAUGGAAGAUUGAGAAUAAGAAGGCUAAAGUUGAACCUCGGAGGAUUCAUUUUCCAAGAAAAUCACCUUCUGGAAACAGAUUGCAGUACACUGAAAGAGAGCAAGAACAACUUGUGCCUGAUAAAGCAUCAUUGCAGAACAAGGAAACAGGGCGUUCUCCUUCUUUACCAGACCAAUUUGAGACUCCAAAAGAAGUAAAUGGUAACACCCAUUCACUAAGAAGAGUGCAUGAGUGUUCGACCUCUCAUAAUUAUGUUGGUAGUCCAUUUCUUAAGAAGAAAACUCAAUCACGGGAAAAUGAGGUAAGUAUGGCAGGGAGAAACAAUGCCCUUCACCAGGAAAAGGUUUCUAAUCCAGGGGUGCCGAAUUAUAAUGACAUUAGAGAUGAUCUGCAAAGUCCAACUUUUGCAAUGAAUGCCAGCGCAUCUCCACAAAAAAGUGAACUACCGGAUGAAGAUUUCUGUAGUCCUUCUCUUCCGAAAAGUUUGGACUGUUCUGGAACAGGAUCUUAUGCUUCAGAUGGGAAUAAAGAAUCAUCUAAUGAUACCCAUGAAACUCAUGAGUCGCAAGAAGUGAUACCUCAACACUUUGAGGAAGAAAAAGAAUCUGGAAAGAAACCAUUUGGAACCUCCAUAGAAGAUCAGAUGACUCGAAGCGCUGAAGGAAAGGACUACUUUAGCAACGGAUAUAGCCGGCCUGAAAAAUUGUUUUUAGACUCUGAGAACUGCAAAUCUACUCCCACGUUUCUCAGAAAACAGGGGCACAGCCUCAAGAAUGAAAAAGCAAGCAGAACAAACAUAUCUUCACCUUCUCUCGUUGUCACUUCCCGAACAGAAGAAACUGCUCUACUAGAUAAAGCUUCAAAACAGUUCCCAGAGAACUCCUUACAAAGGGCUGUUUAUCAGCUGGCACUAGUGCUGGAAAGAUUUAAGACAAAGAUUAAGUCUCAUACGGACAAGAAAAGCUCUGAGAUACUCUUAGCUGCUGCAGAAAAAGUACAGCUGGAGUUACAGGAUGCUGACUCUAAUAUGGAGGCGGAUGUAGAGAAGUUUGUCAGCUUUGGCAAAUCCAAGAGGAAGCGCCUAGAAUUGAAAUUCCAAGAGCAACAAGAGAAACUGAAGACCAUACAUGCGAAGUUUAAAGAGGAGGUUAAUCAACACCUUGUGGACUGCAGGAACGCGCUUGAGGAGUUUGAAGCACAUCAGAUAGAACUUAAAGGAAAUGCAGAGAAGCUAAAGGCAUUGCACCGUAAGCUUCUUCUAAAUGUUGAGGAAGCAAUAGAGGCUCAGCUAGGUGAAGCGGAAACAAGAGUUGCCGAUAUCCGCAUGGAAGCACGGAAAAAGAUGAAAGUCUUGAAACACGUGUUGAAGGAAUGGAUUAUGGAAGGAGAAAGUUGAUCGAUACUUCCCUACAUUGGACAAAAUUUAUAGAUGCCUGUAGCUAUAGGAGUGUAAAUUCCGACUUGCGGAGAUCUUUACUUCGGAUAAAAGCAACUACAGGUAAAGUGAAGCUCACACUUUAGUCUGGUUAUGUUUUAUGUUGAUCGCUAGGGUUAAAGGUCAAUUCUCAUCUGUUAGACUAGCAAAGGCAUACAUUCACGCUAUUCCUUUAACAUUACAUCCGCUAAUUGCUUUACUGCGUAUAGUGAUUUAAUUCCUUGAUAGAUACAUACUUCUAUGUUCUUCUGUAAAUUCUACUGAUUGCUGCAUCCGCCAGCAAGGUACAGAUAAAAAGGAAAUAAAAAAAAGAAAAGAAAAGAGGCUGCUAUGUGACAUGGGAAUUCUGCUUCAGAAGUUUGAUUAACGAGCAGUUUUUGUGGAAAAAUAGUCUCCUAUUUUUCUGCUUUGACUUUUUUGAAUGCUUAUUGGAGGAGAAAAUGGUAGGGUGUAGCCGUUAGGCACGUUUGGAUUGGAUUGUUGAAAUUUCUGUGUUGAAUUUGAUUCGUGCUUAUGUGCAUGUAAUUCAGUGUCAAUCGCAACAUAGCGUUUAUAUUCUUAUUUGGCAUUUGAUAGUUUGACAAUUAUCAAUAUAUUGAUCGAUAUACAGGCCAUUUGGAAAUGGCAUUCA